GUACACGUGAGCAGCACGUGAGAGAAGGUACAAAAUGGUACGUAACCUGUGCGCCAAAACCCUAGCAAUCGCCUCAACUCUCCGAUCCCAGAUACAGAGAAGAAAGAACUCCAAAUGGGCAAGGUGAAAGGAAAACAUCGUUUGGACAAGUACUAUCAUCUUGCGAAAGAACAGGGUUAUCGUUCCAGGGCAGCAUGGAAGCUUAUCCAACUCGAUUCCAAGUACAACUUUCUACAUUCAUCUCAAUCAGUACUCGAUCUUUGUGCAGCACCUGGUGGUUGGAUGCAAGUAGCUGUUAAGCAUGUACCAGUUGGUAGUCUUGUUAUCGGUGUUGAUUUGGACCCAAUUAGGCCUAUUCGCGGUGCUAUUUCUGUUCAACAUGAUAUCACCACACCUAAAUGUCGUUCAAUUAUUAAGAAACUUAUGGCUGAAAAUGGCUGUAGAGCUUUUGAUUUGGUUCUUCAUGAUGGUUCCCCUAAUGUUGGUGGUGCUUGGGCUAAAGAAGCUACUAGUCAGAAUUCUUUGGUUGUUGAUUCUGUUAAGCUUGCUACUGAAUUGUUGGCUCCUAAAGGGACUUUUAUUACAAAGAUUUUCAGGUCUCAAGAUUAUAAUGCAGUUCUUUACUGUCUAAGACAGCUGUUUGAGAAAGUUGAGGUGGACAAACCUCUGGCUAGUCGUUCAGCAUCUGCCGAAAUUUAUAUUAUAGGUUUUAAAUAUAAAGCUCCUGCCAAGAUCGAUCCACGACUUCUUGAUGUAAAGCACCUCUUUCAAGGAGGUAAAGAGCCCCCUAAGGUGAUUGAUGUACUCGGGGUGACAAAGCAGAAGAGACACCGUGAUGGGUAUGAAGAUGGAGCCACUGUAUUAAGGAAGGUUUGCUCAGUCGCAAAAUUUGUUUGGUCCGAAAACCCUGUUCAGGUCCUUGGUUCAUUUACUUCAAUGAGCUUUGAUGAUCCUGCAUGUUUGGCCAUUAGAGAUCAUGCUCUUACAACAGAGGAGGUUAAAUCUCUAUGUGACGAUUUGCGUGUUCUUGCAAAGCAAGACUUCAAGUAUCUCUUAAAGUGGCGUAUGCAGAUAAGAAAAGCUCUGUCUCCUGAAAAAAUCAAGACCUCAACAACUGUUGUUGAAAGUGAGAGCAAAGAAGUUGAAGAUGAAGAUGAAGAUGAAAGAGUUCUCAAUGAAAUAGAGGAGAAAACCAAUGUUUUGGAGAAAAAACAGAAAAAAGAGAAGAGACUUCAAGCAAAAAGACGAGCCAAGGAGAAAGCACGCAAGGCACUUGGGAUACAAGUAGAUGCGACAGAGGAUGGUUAUGUUGAUGAGGAUUUGUUUUCUCUAUCUUCCAUCAAGGGAAAGAAAGAUCUCGUAGCUGUUGAUAACAAUGAAUAUGAUAAAGAAGCUACUGAGGUAAGCGAUGAAAACAAUGAAUGUGAUGAGGAGCAUUCAUCCAGUGAUCUGGACUCUGAAGACGAACGCAGAAGACAUGAUGAUAAUAUAGAGGCAUUAUUUGAUGAGGCUUAUGAACGGUAUUUGGGUAAAGUGGAAGGUAAAUCAAAACAGAGAAAUUUAUCCAAACAAGCUCUCUUGAAGGAUGGUCAACUCCUGCAGGAGGGCAAUGAUGAUAGCAUGUUGACUCAUUCUGCUCAAGACUCCAAGAGUGACAAGGAAGAUGAUGAAGUCAACCCUCUUGUUGUACUCCUCGAGGAUGCACCACCUCAGGAGGAGAUGGUGAAGCAGUGGUUUACUCAGGAUGUUUUUGCUGAAACUGAAGAGCAAGAUUUGUUGGACAAGUAUGGCAGUGAAGAUGAAAUGCAAAUAGAUGGAGGGGCGAAGAAGACCCAAAAGUCCAAGGUACAGACAAAUGAUAAACAGCAGGGAGAAACUAAGGAUCUGACAAGGAAAACAAAUGGUGGUUUACCAGUCUCAGCUUCUAAGACAGCUGGUGAUUUUGAGAUAGUACCUGCUCCUGCUACUGAUUCAAGUGAUUCAUCAUCCGAUGAAUCAGAUGACGAUAUUGACACUAAGGCUGAAAUAUUGGCUACCGCAAAGAUGAUGCUGAAGAAAAGGCCUAGGGAAGAAAUGAUUGAUGAUGCUUACAACAGAUACAUGUUUCAUGAUGAAGGAUUGCCUAAGUGGUUCAUUGAUGAGGAAAAGAGAAAUUACCAGCCAGUGAAACCCGUGACAAAAGAGGAGAUUGCUGCAAUGAGAGCUCAAUUUAAAGCGAUUGAUGCUCGGCCUGCAAAGAAGGUAGCAGAAGCCAAAGCUCGUAAGAAACUGGCAGCACACAGAAAGCUAGAGAAGUUUCGGAAGAAAGCUAACUCAAUAUCAGAUCAAACUGAAAUCUCCGAAGGUUCAAAGAGAAAAAUGAUUGAACAGCUAUACAGGAAGGCGGCAACAACAAAAAAACCCGAAAGGGAAUAUGUAGUGGCGAAGAAGGGAGUUCAAGUUAAGGUUGGCAAGGGAAAAGUCCUUGUCGAUCCAAGAAUGAAAAAAGAUGCAAGAAAGCAUGGAAUGAAAAAGAAGAAGCAGAGCAAGGGUAAGAAGGGCAACCAAAAAGGAAAAGGCUCAGGGAAGGCUUCAGCAGCAGGCAACAAGGGAAACCGGGUAAAAUGAAAUGAAUUAGGAUUGUUGAGGUGCUUAAGCUCUCGACUUUUGUUUACAUUUUGACAUGAAUUUAGUCAAAGAUUUUCUGGUUUCUUCUUGCUUUUUCUUGUCAUAUCUUUUUCUAUUUCUAAACUUUUGAAAAUACUGAUUGAUUUCUUUGCAAUAUGUUGUCCACUGUCGUCUCACCACGUUUCUGGUGAUCUUUCAA